CGUCGAUCCAUCCAAACACAAACAUCGCCGCUCACCGUCUCUUCGAUUUUCCACCACCAAACAUCCUCUCGCCGUAGGCAGGGAUCGAGCGCCAGAAUACAACAGUCGCAACACCGAGAUCGAAGCUUCACAGCUCACCACACAGUCCACAAUGGGUGAAUCCAGACAAGAGCUGCUGGGAUGGAUGAAUAGCCUCCUCCAGCUGAACAUGACCAAAGUAGAACAAUGCGGGACUGGAGCCGCGCUCUGCCAAAUCUACGACAGCAUCUACCUCGACCUCCCGAUGGCGCGCGUAAAGUUCAACGCAAACAACGAAUACUCCUACCUCGAGAACUUCAAAAUCCUUUCCAACACCUUCCGCAAGCAUGCCAUCGACCGCCCCAUCCCUGUGCAGGACCUGAUCAAGUGCAAAAUGCAAGACAACCUCGAGUUCCUGCAGUGGUCGAAGCGGUAUUGGGACCAGUACUACCCGGGCGGGGACUACGAUGCGAUUGCGCGGCGGAAGGGCGCGGGCGGCGCGCCGGCCAUGCCUGUUGCUGGCGGCGGCGGCGGCGGCGGGCGGACAUCGGGUGCGAGGCGGCCUGUGGGGUCUGCGGGCGUGGUGCCGCGGACGACGAGUCGGCAGACGGGGGGUGGGAGUGUCGGGGCGGGAACGUCGGGGGUGCUGCAGCAGAAGAAUGCGGAGUUGAUGGAGACGGUGCAAGGCUUGGAGCGGGAGCGGGACUUUUACUUCAGCAAGCUGCGGGAUAUCGAGCUGCUCAUUCAGCAGGCCAUGGAGGCCGAGCCGAGUCUGGAGGAGGAUGAGGGCAGUUUGCUCAAGCAGAUUCAGACGAUUCUGUACUCGACAGAGGAGGGCUUUGAAAUUCCCCAGGAGGCCGAAGCAGGCGAGUUGGCGGGCGAGGAGGAGACGUUCUGAGAAGACGGCAUUUCGUAGCAGCAUUCCCACCCUUCCCAAUGAUACCAAGUGAUUGCAAGAGGACGGCAGGAAAAUUGAUCAUACAGGAGCAGCCCUA